AUGCUGGCAGCCGUAAAGGUUGCCUUGCGGAAUCGUGGAGAACGCAGGAUCUGUGCUCGACCGAGCCUGCUCCCACGCAGUGUCGAGGGCCGAGAAGCCAAGCCACGAGGCGCGAUGGCGAAGAAGCCCUCGGAAUUGGACGUUAUGAAAGAAGUUGACGUGGUCACCAUCUCCCAAAGACUUUCGAAGCCAAGUCUAGCAAACGGCUGGACUCUGGUUGGAGAUUUAGGGAUCACCACUGCCGUCGCUCCCUUGCUCAGUAUCGUCUUCCUUCGUGCCCUCGAGCCAGACUGGUAUCGGCAACUUCCAGACAGUGAUGUUGGCUUCAUUUUCCCCGAGUACUUCCACGGCGUGUUGUAUGGUCUUUGCUGGCUUCUGGGAGGUCUCGCGCUUGGUGCUUUCGAGACCAAGGCUGUAAACCCUAAGAACCUCCUGGAGACGAUUCAGCGGACAGCAUGGGCCGCUGUGGCGACAGUUUGGCUGGCAUGCUCAGCCUGGCUCCUUUUAAGGACAAACGGCUGGCUCCCAGACAGCUAUGCGGCGCUGGGUUAUGUGACCAGCGCAGGCAUCUUGCCGACUUUCCGAGACUUCUUCAUCGACCUCCAGUUUGAGGUGUGGUGUCUUAUUGCGUGGCGGCUGACACGAGCCGUCUCGGUUGAAGGAUCAGGCCUGGAUGCAGCAGGGGAAGAGGACGAAGCAGACAUGGAAGAGUUGGAGGAGCUGGAGGAGUCCACCCCCGUAUCUCGAAGGCUGCUGUUGGGCGACAUGGUUGUCUCUGGCAUCAUCGUGCCUGCUUUGAUCAUCGUCGCCUUGGCACAGACAGGCGUCUAUACACCCCAGUGGACGCUGCUCUGGGACACGACGGAUACCGGUUCAAGCAAAGCUAUACUGGCCCACGGGGCUGUGUUGACAACUUGUUGGCUGAUUGCAGCACUCGCCACCGGUGCCUAUGGCAUUGACUCUGUGAGAAGGACCGAUCUGGCCAAAUUCUUGAAGAGUAUCUGGAAAACCACGGCCGCGACCGCCUUCCUCCUAGCUCUGUGUGCAGUCUUGCCACUGCUCCUUUCCGGUUCCAGCGGCAGCAACAUGACGGACUUCGAUGCUGCUAGAAGGUUUCAAAAGACGUUUUUCGACCUCUUGUGUGACGUGGAGCUCUCGGCAGUAUGUCUCACAACCUGGCGUCUGUACUAUGCUGGGUACAUCUGA